UAGUCCUUCCGUAAGCCUCACUUCAGCCUUACUAGUCCCAAACCUGAAGCGGCUACAGCCAGAUGGGAUCUUGGAUCACAUGAGCCUCCCUAAAUGAGAAGCCAAGAAGACUGGGUGAACGUUUCCUCUUAAGUUUUGUGGAGAGAGACUCAGGUACAGAAAUACCUUGCUGCCUACCUGACCUGAAGCAGGAAAAACCACUGACAGCUGCGUUCCCAGGGUCGCCAUGUGCGCCACCAGUGCCUGGGACCUGGAGGAGAUCCCCCUGGACGAUGACGACCCAAACAGCUUAGAAUUCAAAAUCCUGGCGUUCUACGCCAAACACCACGUCUUCAAGAACCCGCCGGCUGCCUCCUCCCCAAGGCCGCCGAGAACAAGAAGUUUGUCCCAGAGAGGACUGGGGAGUUGGCCAGCAAACGACUCGUGGACACAAGUGUCAUGGGCUUGGAGAACUUCCCCAUCCCCUGAGCAGGCCACAAACCUGGGCAAGAAAAAGUCAUCUUGGAGAGCACUCUUUGGAGUGGUAGAGAAGGAGGAAAAUGAACAGAGCCCGCCUACGGCCCGCUUGGAGGGUCAGGCGAUACCAGAGCUUCACGGUCCCAGUCAUUCAAGGGCUAGGUCCCUUUCUAACAUGGGACAGCACAGAGAGCGUGAAGCUGAGGACCCCCAAGUCGUUUCCAUUGCCAACCGCGUUGCCGAAAUUGUGCAUUCCUGGCCCCCAGCCGACGAGGUCCACGGUCAGGCGGGAAGCCGCAAGUCCAAAGGCAGUUUUGUCCAUCCGUUCAUCCAGCGCCAGGGCUUCCAGCUUCCAGCGCCCAGUGCUAAGAAAGAUGGAGAGGAGCAAAUAAUAGCCCAAAUCGUUGAGCUGCUGAAAUAUUCAGGGGAUCAGUUGGAAAGAGAGUUAAAGAAAGACAAGGCUUUAAUGAACAGCUUCCAGGACCAGCUGUGCUACCCUGUUUUCAAGAUCAUCACAGACCAGUUCCUAAGGGGUGUGGACACCAGGGGAGAAUCAGAGGUCAGAGCUCAGGGCUUUAAGGCUGCUCUUGCAAUAGACGUCACGGCCAAGCUCACUGCUAUCGACAAUCACCCUAUGAACAGGGUGCUGGGCUUUGGAACCAAGUACCUAAAAGACAACUUCUCGCCCUGGGUCCAGCAGCACGGUGGAUGGGAAAAAGUGCUUGGGAUAUCACAUGAAGAAGUAGACUGAAAAAUCAGAAGAUUUGUAAUCUGGAAUACUCAUUAUCCAACUAGGAUCCUGUCUACAUUGGUCUCAGCAUAGACUAUGGGAGAAAAUUAACAUGUACAAGGCAGAGGGAGCACUGAAGUUUUCAAAGUCAUUGUUCCUGUGAAUCCAGAGGCCUGAGGAGAGAGGCCUUGUCUGUCUGCAGCUCAUAGAAUGUAGUAGUGUGGCCAGUGACAUCCAUGUUUCCCAGGUUCUCCAAUGAGUGUGGGAGGAAGUCUAGGAAGACAAGUGGUAAUUUUCCUUUCAGAUGUUCAGAACAGAGACGGUCACCUUGUCUCUGUUGGCCGCUUUGGGGAAAUUUUGUUACAGAUAUUUGCUGAUCUCAUAAGGGCGAAAUGAUAAAUUGUGCAUGUGUUUA